AUCGGAUCCAAACCCGACUCAAUCCAGACCCUCCACCGCCAACCCAUCUGGCCAUCUCUUUGUGCCUUCACUUCACUUCACCUCUCCCAAAUCCCAAUCCCAAUCCCAAUCCCAAUCCCAAUAUUCCAAUCUUCUUCCCCUUCCAGCUCCAAAGCUUAAACUUAAAACCCUAAAAAGUAAAAACCCUUCAACACACAGAAACCAAAUCUAACCCUAGGAAGCAGAAGCAACAUAGUCAUGUCGAAGCGAAAGUUCGGGUUCGAAGGGUUCGGCAUAAACCGGCAACCCACUUUCAAUUUCGAGACCUCCCAACAACCUCAGCGACUCUACGUCCCUCCGUCCUCUCGUUUCCACCACGACAACUACGAAGACACCGACCUCGACAAUAUCGAUUACGACGAAAACAACAACAAGGAAAACCAAACCAACACCGACGACGAUGACGACGACGACGACGACGACAACAACAACAACAACAACAACAACAACGAUCGAAACGAAGGCGACGAAAUUGACCCUCUGGACGCGUUCAUGGAGAGCAUACAGGAAGAGGUGAGGUCAGCGCCGCCUCCGAAGCCGAAAGACAAGGCGGAGAGGUACAAGGACGACGAGGAAGAUGAUCCAAUGGAGACUUUCCUCAGGGCUAAGAAGGAUUUAGGGUUAACUCUCGCCUCCGAGGCUCUUCACGCCGGGUACAACUCCGACGAGGAGGUUUAUGCUGCUGCUAAGGCCAUCGAUGCCGGUAUGGUUGAGUAUGACUCUGAUGACAACCCUAUUGUGCUAGACAAGAAGAAGAUCGAGCCAAUUCUGCCUCUUGAUCACAGCGAGAUCGACUACGACCCAUUUACUAAGGAUUUCUAUGAGGAGAAGGAGUCCAUUUCGGGUAUGAGUGAGCAGGAUGUUGCAGAAUACAGGAAGAGCUUGGCUAUUCGUGUAUCGGGUUUUGAUGUCCCAAGGCCAAUUAAGGCAUUUGAAGACUCUGGUUUUUCUGUGCAACUCAUGAAUGCCAUAAAGAAACAAGGGUAUGAGAAGCCUACAUCAAUACAGUGCCAAGCUUUACCAAUCGUGCUUUCUGGGAGAGAUGUCAUUGGUAUAGCAAAGACGGGUUCUGGUAAAACUGCUGCUUUUGUACUUCCCAUGAUUGUUCAUAUUAUGGAUCAGCCUGAAAUUGGGAAAGAAGAAGGUCCCAUAGGAGUGAUAUGUGCACCUACUAGAGAAUUAGCACACCAAAUAUUCUUAGAGGCCAAGAAAUUUUCGAAAUCACAUGGGAUACGCGUCUCUGCUGUCUAUGGUGGUAUGUCAAAACUUGAACAGUUCAAAGAACUCAAGGCUGGCUGUGAGAUAGUGGUUGCUACACCUGGGAGAUUGAUAGACAUGAUAAAGAUGAAGGCACUGACAAUGUUAAGAGCAACUUACUUGGUUCUUGAUGAGGCUGAUCGGAUGUUUGACCUUGGAUUUGAGCCUCAAAUUAGGUCUAUUGUUGGUCAGAUUAGGCCAGACCGCCAGACCCUAUUAUUUUCUGCAACAAUGCCCCGUAAAGUUGAGAAGUUAGCUAGAGAAAUUCUCACUGAUCCUGUAAGAGUUACAGUGGGAGAGGUGGGAAUGGCCAAUGAGGAUAUUACUCAGGUAGUUCAUGUUAUUCCUUCUGAUGCAGAGAAGUUGCCUUGGCUUCUUGAACAGCUACCUGGAAUGAUUGAUAAUGGAGACGUUUUAGUGUUUGCUUCAAAAAAAACCACAGUGGAUGAAAUUGAAUCACAAUUGGUUCAGAAAGCUUUUAAAGUUGCAGCUCUUCAUGGUGACAAGGACCAGGCUUCUCGCAUGGAAAUUUUACAAAAAUUUAAAUCUGGCGUCUACCAUGUUCUUAUUGCAACUGAUGUUGCGGCUCGUGGUCUUGACAUCAAGUCAAUUAAAUCAGUGGUGAACUUUGAUAUUGCUAGAGACAUGGACAUGCAUGUUCAUCGUAUUGGUAGAACAGGUCGUGCUGGUGACAAAGAUGGCACUGCAUACACCCUAAUUACUCAGAAAGAGGCACGGUUUGCUGGUGAAUUGGUUAAUUGUUUGAUUGCUGCUGGUCAGAAUGUGUCCAUGGAACUGAUGGAUCUUGCUAUGAAGGAUGGGAGAUUCAGGUCCAAACGCGAUGCAAGAAAAGGAGGAGGGAAGAAGGGCAAAGGGAGGGGGGGUGGUGGUGGUGGUGGUGGUGGUAGUAGUGGUCGAGGUGUUCGUGGGGUUGAUUUUGGUUUGGGCAUUGGAUAUAAUCCAGAAUCCAAUAAUACUUCGCCAAGCUCUGUUCCAAGUCGAUCUGCUGCUGUUAAUUCACUCAGAACUGGAGCGAUGGCUCAGUUUAAGAGUAAAUUUGUUGCUGCUUCAUCAAACUCUCAGAAUCAGGGUUUGAGUAACAGUUCAAGUGCGUACGCCAACAAGAGAACAGCACUACCAGGCUUUGUGUCUGGGGGUUCAAUUGGUGGAGAUGUAUAUAGAACACAGACAACUAUUUCAUUCUGUCCUGCUACGUCAGGUGUAAACACCACCAGUCAAAUCUCCACAGAGAAUGCAACUCAAAAGAACCCAGAAAGUUCAAGAGAUAAACCUAGAGAAAGGCGGAGGCCCUCUGGUUGGGACCGGUAAUUUGUACAAUUCAGUGUAUCUCACAUGACUUGAGAACUUUUUUUUUUUUUUUGGAUAAGCAUGAAAUGAUAGUCUGUAUUGUUAUUUAUGAUUGCAAGUUAUUUUUUGUGCGCUUAUUUUAGUUCUUACUUCUGUA